AUGCAGGCUGGUACACUAACACGUACUCAGACAUGCCUGCUUUCACACGUUCUGCUCUCUGCUUUCGCAGCCGUAGGAUCUGCGGUGCCUCAAGGGUUUAGAUUCUCAACAGAGCCGACCCCUGAGUUCUAUGCAGGACUCUCAUCGAGUUCCAUACAAAACCUUGAUUCGUCACAUUCUGUUGACUCGCGACGGACUGUGCGCUCUGGAAGUCACGAUGGGGAUGGAUUCGCCAGAAAUUCUAAUCUCCACUCAAGUGGCGACCACUUCUUUGGUGGAAUUUCCACUCGAAUUCCCGAUUUCGGCAAAAAUGGAUAUCCCGUUAUCGAACAGCCGAAGCUGGAUGACUCAUCUGACAACUUUAUUUCGUCCAGUCAUUCUACAUUUGAAAAAGUGAGAAAUAAUCGACCUGAUAAUGUGUAUUCCUCAAGUGAUGGGAUGUCGCCCGGUCUGUUGAAAUUCCGAGGUAUACAUUCACCCAACUUGUGGCUCUCGUCCGAUGGCUGCAAGGAAGGGGAGAUUCGACAUGCAGAUGGCUCUUGCGUGUCCGAUGUGAUUUCGGGGAAGGUCUUCUUGUUCGACGCUCCCGAGCAGCCGACGAAACCGAUCGGUCCGCCGCCCUAUAUUCCACCGCCGAAGGUAAACCAAAUAGUCCUCUUCAUAAGGCUUCCGGAACAGGGCCAAGGAUCGGAUCCCAUCAUCGUGCCGCCGCCGAGACAGGAUAUCACGGUCUUCCUCCUAAAGGCAAACGGCCAGGAGAGUCAGCCCGUGGUCGAGGUUUCCCUUCCGUCCCUCACGAAGCCCGGUGUUUAUUACGUCGAUUUUGGAGAUAACGUUACUAUUCCGAGCGGCCUGUAUCUCCAAACUGCCGUAAGUGUCAUUUCCAGAGAUGAAGAUCGUGCAGAUUCAGACACGGGGAAUUCCAGCGCUGGUGAUCAUGAUUUUAUCGAGAAAUUGGGUAUAACAGAGCAAAGGAAUUCUGGAACCGGGAGUUCCUCAGAAAGGAAAAUUAGCUUUAGUGCGAACAAGCAGUGCUCAGUGUCGCUAGAGGAAACAGUUUCGCAACACAAUGCAGCAAACGUACUGUUGGACUGGGUACCUAGCUGUUCCCCAGAUGAAGGAUUGUUUAGAAAUUACGGGUUUCUCUUUUGGUAUCUCUAA